AUGAAAACAUGCUACUAUGAACUUUUGGAAGUGUCAUCAGUAGCGACAGAGAGUGAACUCAAGAGAGCAUAUCGUAAAAAAGCCUUACAAUUACAUCCAGAUAAGAACCCCAACAAUUUAGAAGAAGCUCAUCAUCAAUUUUCUGAAAUACGUACAGCCUAUGAAGUGCUUAGUGAUCCUCAAGAAAGAGCAUGGUACGACUCGCAUAAACUGAGUAUACUAAACGAUGAAGAUAUUGUUGAAGAAGAAGAUGGAGGUGGAGGAGUAUCCCAUAUCCCCUCUAUUUCAACCGAGGAAAUAUUGAGAUAUUUCAACCCGGGAAUGUACACUCAGGUUGACGAUAGUGUCUCUGGGUUUUACGCUAUAGUGUCGAGGGUAUUUGAACGGUUGGCAAGAGAAGAAAUCCAACAUGGUAAAUAUCAGGGUAUUGAGGAAUUCAACAAGUAUAAAGAUGACGAGAACAACGUGUAUGUGAUAAAUGUGGAAUUUUUGAAGUACCCAUUAUUUGGAAAUAGUCAUUCCUUGAAUCAAGAUAUUCGAGAGUUUUACCAAGUAUGGCUGAAUUUUGCUACUUGCAAAACAUUUAACUGGAAACAUGAGUAUAGGUACUCUCAAGCGCCUGAUCGUCGAACUCGAAGAUUAAUGGAGCGUGAAAAUAAAAAGAUCAGAGAUGAGGCAAGAAAACAAUAUAAUGAAACUGUCCGGAAAUAUGUAGCAUUUAUUAAAAAGAGAGAUCCCAGAUAUAAAAUAGCAAUGGAGGAGUUGAGUAAGUUGCAGAGGAAGAAGCAAGCAGAUGAUAUGGUUCGCCAAGUUCGCAAUUUGAAAAGAUUAGAGAAACUAAAAGCCAACAGUGAGUAUGAGGAACAAAGUUGGCAGAAGCUAAAUGAAGAAGAAGAGCAAGACUUGAAUCGCAUAAUUUUGGAAGAAUAUAACGAAGAAGCUUUGGGUAGUAGCUUUGAUGAUGAUGAUGAUGAUGAUGAUGAUGAUGAUGUGUUGACGGAUUCGGAAUUUGAGGAGUACGAAAGUAAUCCAGAAGAAGAGAUCCAUGAAUUUGAGUGUAUUGUUUGUGACAAGAUCUUGAAAAAUGAACAACAAUUCAAAAUACACGAGGAGAGUAAGAAACACAAGAAGGCUGUUCGACAGAUGAAAUGGGAAAUGAGACAAGAAGGUAUUGAAUUGGGUAUCGAUGAUGAUGAUAACGAGGGACAAAAUGGUGAUGAAUUUGAGACAGCAGAAAGUGAAUUUGAGGAAACAAGCGAGGAUGAGAAUGAACUCAGUGAAAGUAGCGGCAGUCUGGAUGCGAGGGAAGAAAACUUGAUGCACAAGGUUGAGGAAGUGCAGGAAAACGCUAAAGUUUUGAAAAGCGAGAAUCGUAUAAAUGGCACUACUCAGGCUGUUGAAUCUGAGAGAGCCACAGAUGAAUCCAAAAAUAAUUUAGAAGAAGAAUUGGCAAAACUCAUGGUUGGUUCCAAAUUGGAAGAUUCGGACGAUGAUUGGAACAUUGGCAAUAAUAAAAAGGAAAAGAAGAAAAAUAAGAAAAAGACCAAAAUAAAUAAUAAAAGUUCAAGAGAAUCUACUCCAAGUAAACAGAACACCAGUACUAGUAGGAGUGCAUGUACUUCCACUUCGGGUAUGGAAAAGUGCACGGUUUGUGGACAAUCCUUUAGCUCGAGAAACCAAUUAUUUAAUCAUGUAAAAUCGGAGAAUCAUGUUGCAUUCUCUAAACCUUCUAUAAAAUCAUCUAAAGCGAAGAAGAAAAGAAAAUAA